AUGGAUAACAUGGAUGAUUUACCAAAGCUCGCAGACUUAUCUGUUGCGCGAUGUAUAAAUCCAUUCAAAUUUGGAGAGGUGAUUCAUUCACAGAUACACCAUUUUGCAGACGCAAGCGAAGUGGGAUAUGGGUCUGUUGCGUAUUUACGUUCGAUCAACCGAGAAGGAGCUGUUCGUUGCAGUUUUCUGAUGGGAAAAGCUAGAGUCACACGUCUUAAACAAGUAACUAUUUCACGGCUCGAAUUAAAUGCUGCUGUAAUUUCAGCACGAUUGGAUACUAUGUUACGAGAAGAAUUAGAAGUUGAUUUGGAGCCAAGCGUAUUUUGGAGAGAUAUUACUGCUGUACUUGGAUAUAUCAAUAACACCACCUCAAGGUACCACACAUUUGUCGCUAAUCGUAUAACAGCUAUCCACGAUCGAUCAGAGCCUACUCAAUGGAGGUAUGUAAGCACAGACCACAACCCAGCUGACGAUGCGUCAAUGGGCCAAACUGCGGAAGAAUUUCUAGCUUGUAAAUGUUGGCUCAAUGGACCAGACUUCUUAUAG